AUGUUACGUCCACGUCGAAGUGUCCGUAACGGUGCUAUUGAAAAGAAAACAAGCAUUUCUUCAUCAACAUCAAAUCCUAUUCCAUCACCACCUUCUCCUCCUCAAAUAUCAAAUUUAGAAGAACCAGAGCAACCACUUCGUUUACUCGAACCACGAGAAUGUGUCGGACGAUCAAUUCAGAUUGGUUUAAAUGAAGAAAUUGAACUUUUAUUUAAAAAUCCUCCAUCAUCUGAUCGAUCAUCACCAACUCCUUCCGAACUUAAAACACAAAAAACAGAUUUUGUUUCAAAUGGUACAAAUUUAACUGAUGAUCCACCUAAAUUUCAACGUACUGAAACAUUUAUAAGAUAUAUUGAACCAUCACAAAGUGAACUUGAUGAAAUGAUAGAAUAUGAAAUGGAUGAAAUGGAUCUAACAUGGUUGAAACAAGUUAAUCAAGAACGUAGUAAACGUGGUUUACGUCAAGUUAAAGAAGAAGAAUUUGAAUUGUUAAUUGAUCGAUUAGAAAAAGAGUCUCAUUUUCAAGCACUUGUCAAUGGUGAUGAUUUAGGGCAAUCCAUUGAUGAAGAUGCUUUAUGUGUUAUAUGUUUGGAUGGAGAAUGUUCUAAUUGUAAUGCUAUCCUUUUCUGCGACAUGUGUAAUAUGGCUGUUCAUCAAGAAUGUUAUGGAGUACCUUAUGUACCUGAAGGUCAAUGGUUGUGUCGUCGUUGUUUUCUUUCACCAUCAAAAUCAGUUCAAUGUGUUUUAUGUCCAAAUCGUUUUGGUGCUUUUAAACAAGUUGAUGAUGGUGAACGUUGGGCACAUGUUGUUUGUGCUAUUUGGAUACCAGAAGUUCAUUUUGCUAAUACAGUAUUUCUUGAACCAAUAUGUAACAUUAAUCAAAUUCCGGCUGCACGUUGGCGUUUUACAUGUUAUAUAUGCAAACAAAAAAAUGUUGGUGCAUGUAUUCAAUGUGCUAUACGUUCAUGUUGUACAUCAUUUCAUGUAACAUGUGCUCAACAAGCUGGUCUUUAUAUGGAAAUAGAUGAAAAUGAUGAAAAUGAAUCAAUUGUUAAUGAUGAUGCAUCCAAUAGUGUAUCAACAAAUAAAUAUAAAAAACCACCACCAAAAGAUACAACACGUUCACCACCACCUAUACGACGACGUGCUUACUGUCAUCAACAUACUCCAUUAGAAGUUGUUCGAUCGAAAACAAAAGGCCGAACAAAAAAAGAUGAAAGCGAAGUAGAAGCAUUAGAACGUAUACAAAAGGAACGUAUGAAAACUGCUCGAAAAAUUUUGGCUGAAAGACGUAAAUGUGAUCGAUCUGUAUCAGUACCAGUUGUACCAAAAGAAAAAAUGGAAAGUGUUUUAAAUAAAGUAACUUUUUCUGAUCGUGAUAAUUUUUUUAAACGUAUUCAAGCAUAUUGGACAUUAAAACGAAUGUCAAGAAGUGGUGUACCUUUAUUAAAACGUCUUCAAAAUCAACGAUCAACAAAAAAAAAAUCUAAUAAUGCACAAGAAUAUACUGAUAAACAAUUAUCUCAACAAAUGGUACAAUGGCGUCGUCUUCGACAAGAUCUUGAACGAACAAGACUUCUUGUUGAAUUAAUACGUAAACGUGAAAAAUUGAAACGUGAUUUAGUUAAAAUUGAUCAACAAGUGCUUGAUAAUCAAAUACGUCCAUUACAUGUAUUUCUUCAUCAUUUACUUGAACAAUUAGAACAAAUUGAUGAUGGUCAUUAUUUUGCUAAUCCAGUGGAUGAAACUGAAGUUCCAACUUAUUAUAAAUUUAUAACACAUCCAAUGGAUUUUUCAACAAUGAAGAAAAAAAUUGAUCAAGAUGAAUAUAUUAAUUUAGAUCACUUUGAAAAUGAUUUUGGUUUAAUUGUUAAAAAUUGUCAUUUCUUUAAUGAAGCUAAAUCACCAUACUAUAAAGCGGCAACAAAAUUACGUGAUAAAGGUUUAAAUUUACUCAAACAAGCUCGACGAGUUUAUGAAACAACACGUUAUGAUCCACAAACUGGACAACAUAAAGAAGAAUCUAAUGUAGAUGAUCUUGAUUAUUCAUUUGAAGAUCGUCUUGAAGUAUUACUUCAACGAUUGAAAGAAUAUCAAACAAUCGAACCUCGAUCAAAACAUGUUGCUAAUUUAAAAAAACAAAUAGCUCAAGUUCGUCGAACAAUAACAAAAAAUUUAUCGAAUUCAUCACUCAAUAAUAAUAAUAAUGAUGAAUCUAUAUUACAACGAACAACAAAUGAUGAAUCAAUGGAAACACUUUCAUCAUUAUCACCAAAUGUUUCAUCGUUAAAUGUAACUAAAAAUCAAUCAGAAUUAGUUGAUCUACAAUCCAUAUCUCAAAUGUAA